AUGGUCAACCUGACAAGCGUUCCGGCAUACCGCGCGCCCAUGAAGCAGCUGGCCGACAGCGCACCCCUGCGGCGAGCAGCCGGAUACCCAAUGUCGGCCGCUGACUCACGGCCGGCGCUGCAGCACUUUGUGUCGGUGGCAUCUAGCAGUGGUGGCAGCAGCCUGCAAGGGCCGUCCAGCCUGCCCAAGCUGCCAGAGGUCGGCCGCAGGCUGCUUCAGGACGCAGGUUUUCAGACAGCGGCUGAGGAUGACACGUCCGCGCACGCUGCGCAGUUGCCGUCCGUCUCCGCCGCAGCAGCACGUCAGGGCGCCUGCACCGCUGGCGCCGCGUGCUUCGCCCCGCGCGGCGGCUUUGCGGGCGUCGACGCGCCGCCAGGGGGUGCGAUGGCGCUGGCUGUCGGGCGCCGCCACAUCGUGCAAACGGCAGGCGACGUCAUGUCCGUUUUCAACAUCGGCGCUGACGGCAGCCGCAGCAGCACCCUCCGCACCAUCCCCCUGAGGUCCUUCUUCGCGGGCGUCGGCUCAGGUUGCACCGGCGUCGAUGACGGCGCCGCGGUCUAUGACAAGCACGCGGAUCGCUUUGUCGUCGCCGCCUCGUGCGGCGGCUUUGGACGGGUGCUUGUUGCAGUGUCGUCGACGCCGUCGGCCGCAGGGACUUGGUUCCUUUUUGGGCUGGUGGCUGACGGCGUCGACACCAAGCUGAGCUGCACCGCCCCAGAGGAGCAGGCGCUCGCCGACUACCCCCAGCUGGGGUACAACAAGGACGGCCUCUUUGUCACCUACCACUCGUACUGCCCCAGCAACCCCUCCAACGCGGGCGCGGUGCUGCUGGCGCUCCCCAAGUUCAAGGCGUACCAGGGCUCCCCCAGCAUGUACGCUGCCGUCUACACGUCUGCGGAGGUGGCCGCCGCUGCGGGCCUUGCUGCUGGGGCUGCAGCUGUGAGGCAGCUGCAGCCAGUGGCGCCUCAGUCGGCGGACGACGUUGCGGAGGGCGUCGCAUUCUUCGUGGCAGAUCACCGGCCCCGCUCCGGCGCGAAGCGCAGCAGCUUCACGCUGGUCUCUCUGGUCAACACAGGCGCCCUCUGGGGUUAUGCCGCAGAGAUCAACGGUGUGCCACCUCCGCUGCUGCUGGCUUCCGUCGUGCCCUGGGGCCAGCCGGCGCCCAUCUCAUCCGCCGGGACCCUCAAGCAGCCCGGGGGUGGCGCUGCCCUGGGGGCGGGUGGCGUCGGCCCGACAGGGUUCUGGAGCGGAGGGGCGGCUCUCGCACGUGGCAGACUGCUGCUCGCCACCCGUGCCGACACAGUCGAGGAUGGAGGCCUCUACAGCCCCCGGCCAGGCGUGAUCUGGGCUGAGGUUAUCCCCCAGCUUGCAUGGGGCGCUGCGCCGGUCAACGGCACCGCUUUGACUGUCACAGCAGACACCUGCGCGGCGGCGGUCGCCAGCGGCAUGGCGGCCGAGUUUGACUGGUCAAAGGAUUACUCGCUGACAUGGGGCUCCGAAUUUGCGCGCAACUGGAGCAUGUCCCUGGGCAUGUUCAGGACAGCGGCCGCCGCCAAGCCCAAGGCGGCGCCGCGCCGCCCGUCGCGCGCUGGCGUGACCGGCGCUGCGACUGUCGUUCUGGACCGCACGAGCCGUCUUUCCAGGGCAGCGGACACGUCACCCGCGGCAAACUUUUUGGCCAUGGGGUUUGCCAGCAGCGCGGCCGUGGGCGGGAUCGGCGGGCUCAUUGGCAGCCUGUUCAGGGGCCCUAUGGGCGGGUCAGGGUACCGAGGGCGCCAGGGCAGCUGCGGGUGUUCAACCACGUGCGGCUAUGGGGAGCUGCAGAGCUACAGCUACGUUUACAACUUUGACGACUACUGUGAUGCUGGCUACAACCAGUGGGGCCCCUCCAACAGCAACGACAUGUGGGGGUCCACCUACAACGGCGCCUACUGCACCGGCAACGCGGCGUUUGGCAUGGUCGGCAACAACCAGUACGACCAGUGCGGCCGGUGGUGCGAGCUGCGCUGCCCCGGCACUGGGCAAAGGAGCGCGCCGCGGUACGGAUUUUAUGGCGCCACCAACAACUACCCACCGCUGAUGUACGCCUCCCUCGACCCCAAUGCGGAAGGUUCCACCGCCGAGGCCGCCACCGCCGGCCAGGUUUCAUCAGCCCUGGUCUCUGCUGCCGCCUCAGCGCCCUCGAGCGUCACCAAGCCGAUGAAGGCUGCCGCCUGCGCAGCAGCGGCGGCUCUGACAGGGUCUGUUGCGCGGUUUGGGUCUGUGGAUGCGGGCGGGGCACUGGGGCUGGCGUACCCAGCCGUUGCAGUCGCGCCAAACGGCGCGGCCGUCCUGGCUUUUGUUUACUCGGGACCUGGAAGGAUGCCAGACAGCGGGGCGGACGCAUUUCCCGGCGUCGGGGCUGCGUUUGUGGGCGCUGGCGCGCGCGGGGCGGUGCCCAUUUCGGCGCUGCAGCGCGGAGACGCGCCGAUCGCGCUGAGCACCGCGCCCGGCGCCGUCACGUGGGGCGAGCUAAGCGCCGCGGACGUGCACCCUGAGACGGGGGCGGUGUACGUGGCCGCGCGGCGCGGCGGAGCUACGAGGACACAGCGCGGGACGGUGGCCACAUGGGUCGGGCUUGUCCCCCAGGCGCUGACGCCCUGA